AUGUCUCACACCAGGGCCCCGGGGAGCAUCGUCCAGCUGGCCCCCGAGCUGCUGGAGCUCAUCCUGUCCUAUCUCGGCCCCCAGGACCUGACGAGGUUCGGUCAAACCUGCCGGCUCGCCCAUGACUUUGUCCGUCCUACCAACCAGCUGCUGUGGAAGCAGACUUUCCUGCAACUCUUCGACCACCCGAAACAUGUCUGGGAGCAUCUUGUCCCCACCGCCCGCGCCCAGAAUCAGCCCCGCGAGGCCCUUUGGGACUGGCACCGUGAACUCGUGCGCCGCAUCAAGGCCUACAACUUCGUGCUGAAGUUCGACAAGGAGACCCUUGCCCUUGAAAUCGACAAUGUUGUUCGAGCCCUGCUCGACGUUGAGCAAACCGCAUCUUGCGCGAGUGUGGCCGAGAAUGGCUCCCCCGUGUCUCUGAACGUCAUGUAUCUCAACCGCCUGGUCCAGCGCGCACCGGACUUUGAUUCCCUCAUCCACGACUUCAGCAGACAUCCUUCGUCGCUCGCGGUCCCGCGAGACUUGAAAAUGGACCUCGAUCGGCCCGUCACUCGCUCCAUGUUGAGGCGCGGGUCUGUGCCACCCGAGUGGGCCAGCCGUUUCCAUAUAAUGUACGGUCCGACCGAAAGGGAGCAAGAAUCGACUGCGUCAAAGGCCGCCGCAAGAGCCAUCGUGUACGACUGGGGCGUAACGAGCGAAGAUGCCGACUUUGGCCCGUUCCUCAAAGACGGCUCCGGAGCUGUAGAUUGGCAGUCGGUUGAGGCCAUCAGCUCCUUGAUGCAUCGCAUCUUCGACACGGCGCUGAAAGCAUACCAUUUGCAUCCGACGGGUUUCGACAUGCACGUGCCCAACAGGCAACCCAUCAACCCCGCCGCCCCGGACGACUGGGCAGGCGUAACAGGCACGUGGGCGGGCACUUACGCCUUUCUAGACUACCGCGCGCUCGUACACUACAACUUUGCGCACAGCUUGGAGCAUCCUUUGGACCUAGGAAACUACGAAGAGGCGUGUGGAGAUCUGAUGCGAUUUGACCUCGAGGCCAACGACUCGGAAGAGCUACGGAACGAUGAACGGCUCCAGUCUGACCUACCAUACUGCGACGACCUUCCAAAAUUAUAUUUUGAGGGCACGUCGACGCGGCAGGCGACUGAAAGACCGUCGAUAGGCGUGAGGGGAGUCGCGUGUCUCGCUCCCGGUGGACGCGAGGUGCGCUGGCGGCUCAUCAUCAGAUAUGCGGGUGCAGACCAGUGGCAGCUGGAGGGUGUCCAGCCCAGUGGCAUACGCUGCGGGGGCAUAUACGGACUCUGGAGCCACGUGGACCACGACGACCACGGCCCAAUGGGUCCUUUCUACUACACACCAUGUGCGAUCACCGAGUUCUCGUUCGACUAG